GGGGGAUUGCCACUUGCUUUGGGCCAUGGCGGGAGCCAUGACUUCUUUGUUGGUUUUUGUUUAUUUUUGUUUAUUUUUCACCAUCACAGUUCAAUUGGGUCGCAUGUCGAGUAGACUCUUCUACCGCUGUUUCUCGCUCUACCAUUAGCUGCAAGGUACCUACCCACCUACAUGACCUUACUUACGAAGUACUUGGACGUCUGCCGUAAAUAAACACCCAUCUCCCACCGCUGCAUCUUCAAGGGUCAAUCGGCAGUGCGUCGGCUCCCUUUGGGUGCGUAAUCUAGUUGUAGCAGAUACCUACCUACCUACCUACCUACCUAGAUACUUUUACCCCAACUCUUCGUCACCGCCUAUAUCGUGCUUGCUUUUCCAAACCCGUUGUCUCCUUCCUCCGCUCCCCCCCAGAAUCCUCGUCGUAUUUGCAAUGCGUCGGGCACUCUCUAGGAGCAUAACUGCGAACGCCAGCCGCACGUCUCGAACAUCAGCAGGGCAAUUUCUCGCCGUAAACAGGAUCGACUCGAGAUUAUCAAUGGCUUCUUCUCAGUCAGGCAGCGCCGCCCGUCGGCUGCAGGCCACCGCCCAGCAGCUGCGGCCCAUUGCGUCGGCAGCCAUGGCGAGCACCCCGACCAACUACCCGACGACGCACGAAAAGAUCACUGAGCCCGUUGACACCCCUUACUUCAUCGACAACAAGUUUAUCGCCUCAGAGGCCACAUCCUUUAUCGACCUGCACGACCCGGCCACCAACAACCUGGUGACGCGGGUGCCUCAGAUGACGGACGCCGAGCUAAAGGCUGCCGUAGCCUCGGCUGAGAAGGCCUUCCCUGCAUGGCGUGCAACCAGCGUUCUUGCCCGUCAGCAGAUCAUGUUCAAGUUUGUUGCACUCAUCCGCGAGAACUGGGACAGGCUGGCCGCCAGCAUCACGCUCGAGCAGGGCAAGACCUUUGCCGACGCCAAGGGUGACGUCCUUCGUGGUCUGCAGGUUGCUGAGGCAGCCUGUGCUGCCCCUGAGUUGCUCAAGGGCGAGGUUCUCGAAGUCGCCAAGGACAUGGAGACAAGGACGUACCGUGAGCCCUUGGGAGUUGUUGCUGCUAUCUGCCCAUUUAACUUCCCUGCAAUGAUUCCACUGUGGUGCAUUCCCAUUGCCACCAUAACUGGAAACACCCUGAUCCUCAAGCCCUCGGAGCGUGACCCUGGCGCGGCCAUGAUCCUGGCAGAGCUAUGCCAGAAGGCUGGCUUCCCUGAUGGUGUUGUCAACAUCGUUCAUGGCGCUCACAACACAGUAAACUUCAUUCUUGACGACCCAGCCAUUAAGGCAAUUUCCUUUGUCGGUGGCAACAAGGCCGGCGAGUACAUCUUCAGCCGCGGCAGCGCCAACGGCAAGCGUGUACAAGCCAACCUGGGUGCCAAGAACCACGCUGCUGUGCUCCCCGACUGCAACAAGAACCAGUUCCUAAACGCCAUAGUUGGAGCUGCUUUUGGAGCUGCUGGCCAGCGCUGCAUGGCGCUCAGCACGCUGGUUAUGGUUGGUGAGACGAAGGAGUGGCUGCCGGAGCUUGCGGAGCUGGCCAAGGGAUUGAGUGUCAACGGCGGUUUCGAAGAGGCCGCUGAUCUCGGUCCCGUUAUCAGCCCACAGAGCAAGGAGCGUAUCGAGUCCCUGAUCGCCAGUGCCGAGAAGGAGGGUGCCAAGAUCCUGCUCGACGGCAGAGGCUUCGCGCCGUCAAAGUACCCCAACGGCAACUGGGUUGGACCUACCAUCAUCACAGACGUGACCAAGGACAUGGAGUGCUACAAGCAGGAGAUCUUCGGGCCAGUACUUGUCUGCCUGAACGUCGAGACCCUGGACGAUGCCGUCGAGCUGAUCAACAGCAACGAGUACGGCAACGGUGUUGCCAUCUUCACGCGCUCCGGCGCCACGGCCGAAAAGUUCCGCCGCAACAUCGAGGCCGGCCAGGUCGGCAUCAACGUGCCCAUCCCCGUGCCCCUGCCCAUGUUCUCAUUCACCGGCAACAAGAAGAGUGUGGCGGGCGGUGGCGCAAGCACGUUUUACGGAAAGCCGGGAAUCAACUUUUACACGCAGCUCAAGACUGUCACUGCUUUGUGGCAGUCGGCCGAUGCUAUUUCCAAGAAGGCAGAUGUCGCCAUGCCCACGCAUAGCUGAAGAGGUUUUAUUAGUUUAUUCUCGCUUUUUGGCAAUAUAAGUAAAUGGCUAAAUUUGAUUGUCAUAUGUUCUUGUUGAAUUGCAUGGUUGGAAGGCUGUAAUUGAUUUGGCAGCUGACAGGGCAUGCUAUCUGGAGAAAGGUUAGCGAGCUUAUGAGCCAUAUUUGACGUGAAGAUUUGAUAUCUUGGUGUUUCUUGCCAAACACGGAAGGCUAUAGAAACUUGGUAUAACUGGAAUUCUUGUUGAAAAAUAAAAACACGGGCACAUGUCAACAAUCAUGUGGCUCCAGUUGUGUCAAAACAGCAAAAUGUUUCUUUCCCAAACUCCUCAUCCCGUACACUUCAUGAGUGCAUUCCCUAUUAACAUACAUAAUGAUUCAGCCCUUCAUCUUGU